GGUCAGAGAGUGUUUGGGCCUAUGUGUGUGUGUGUGUGUGUGUGUGUGUGUGUGUGUGUGUGUGUGUGUGUGUGUGUGUGUGUGUGUGUGUGUGUGUGUGUGUGUGUGUGUGUGUGUGUGUGUGUGUGUGUGUGUGUGUGUGUGUGUGUGUGUGUGUGUGUGUGUGUUUUGUCUCGCCUUGUCUUGUCUCAUAGUAACAAUGGUACUAUUGUAUUGUUAGUGUACAGGAGCUUUUCUUGUUUUUGUUUGUAUAGUAUUGUUCUUGUAUUAUAUUGUUUAUGUGGAAUGAGUGAGAGGGGUUGGGAUAUUAUAAGCAUUUGCUUCAUCCAACCCCUUUUCAAGCCUUGCAUAAAUGUCUCUGCCAAAAUGUAAAAAAAAAAAAAAAAGUGUGUUGUUGUACAGUGCAGGUUUGAAAUAAAUAAUUCAAUUCAAUUCAAUUCAAAAAAUAUAAAAAUUUACUUAUUUCUCUUUGAACAGAACCAACAGUUGGCCCUUUGAGCAUCAACGUCACGGCAUUGACAGCUUUCGAUAUCCAGGUGUCAUGGGAGCCGGUCCUGCAGCCCAACACCAACGGCAUCAUUAGAGGAUACGAGAUCCGAUACUGGCGCCAGCAUGAACGGGAGGCGGCGGCAGACCGAGUGCGGACAGCGGGACUCGAGACAACAGCCAGGGUGUCUGGACUUCGUCCUAGCACUCGAUACCAUGUUGCAGUUAUGGCGUAUAACAGUGCAGGCACGGGACCGCCAUCGCCACGCUUCACUGUGACCACCAGGAAACCACCUCCUAAUCGUCCUCCUGGAAAUGUGUCCUGGAGGACUGAUGCUUCCUGGAUAAUUGUGCGCUGGGACCAUGUGAAGUCCCUGCACAAUGAGUCUGCUAUUCUGGGAUACAAGAUUCUGUACAAGCAUGACAGUCAGACGGUUCUGAAGGUAGUGGACAAGACGAAGACAUCAGUGAACCUGCCGCUGCCCAAAGACGACCAAUACGUGGUGCUGGAGGUGCGCUCCUGGGGUGAAGGUGGCGACGGGCCUGCGCAUGAGAUUAUUGUUUCUCGCGACUCAGGAACGGGCAUGAUGGUGCAGAGCAAGGCAGUAGCGUGCAGUUGUUCAAUCCUCACUUCUGCCAUUCUUUUACUGUCAGUACUGUGACGUCAGAUUUUUGGACUUUUUUCUUCGCUGAGUUGACACUUUUUGAGUGGCUUUUGGCAGCUGGCAAAGUUUUCUUCGAGGAUACUAAAGAAAACAGUCUUUUUUUUUUAAAGGGGAAAAUGCAUUUGUCAACACAUUUUACUUUUGUAUUUGGUUGAUUGUAUGAGACACAUGACAUGUGACUUCCAGCCUCAGUAUUUACAGUGUACAUAGCAUUUGGAGAAGAAAAACGUUACAGUAGUCACAAUUAAUUUAAUUUAUUCAUCUUACAUUUACACAAAAUAUACACCUGACCAUUUAGGAAUGGUAAUGAUUAAAUACAGAUUCAUUGAUAAGUACAGUAUUAUCCUAAUUGUUGCUAUUGGGGUGAAGUAUGACACUGAUUUAUUGGUUCUGAUAUGCCGUCAUAGACAUAAAUGCAGUCAACAAAAAGUUUAAUAACCUAAACAAACACUUGGAAAAGUCAACAUCAAACACACUAAAGCAGGCCUGGGCAAUUAUUUUACUCGGGGGGGGCAGAUUUAGAUAAAAAAGUGUGCCUGGGGGCCGGUAUAUCUAUUUUUAGGAACACUAAUACAAAACCUCACAAUAAUGAUUGAAAGCUAAAAACGUUAUGACAGACCGCCUUAAAAAACAGAAUGGAAUUUGAAUUUUUUUUUACUGAAUGAGACCCAGAAUGUGCAUGAAAAUAAAGAAUGUAGGAUUUACAUUAUUAACUAUGAAUGAUAAAACACUGAAUAUUGACAACAUAUUUUACAAUCAACCGAAACGCAACCAAAAUGCAACAAACAUGCAACAAACAUAGUGGGGAAAAAAAACACCUACAAUCUGAGAUAUCUCAUAGUGACCAUAGUAAGUAAUUAUAUGACCAUAGUAAGUAAUUAGAUGACCAUAGUAACUAAUUAGAUGACCAUAGUAACUAGUAUAUCAUGCAGAUUCCAAGCAUUGAAAGAGUUAGUAUAGUUGAAGACUUCCGGUCAUUAGAAAACAUGACUGCACAUCAUAAUGGCAGCUACACUUUCCAUCUUAAACAUCUAAAACAAUUAUUUGGGAAUGUCCGGCGGGCCAGAUUGAAAAGCUCAACGGGCCGCAGGUGGCCCCCGGGCCUUAAUUUGCCCAGGGCUGCACUAAAGCAACAAGUAAAGUUUUCAAAGUAUACAAACAUUGUUGCUCUACGAGGAUUUUGAGAAUGAAAUUUUAUUCAUUGUAUGCUCAGUAAUUACUUCAACAAAAAUUAUAAUUCAUAACUUUAUAUUUUAUAUUAUUUAUAAUUUACAUAAUGUACUGAUAACAAUGAUCGUUUUAACAACUAUAACAUCUUUAUUGACUCAAUUUACUAAUUACAAUAUUAAUAAUUCUUAUUAUUAUUAUUGACAUUUACUAAUGAUGGUUAUAAUUUUAACAAUUAUAUUUUAUUGACACUAUUUACUAAUAAUUAUAAUUUUAACAUAGCAUGAUUACUGACAUUAUUUACUCACAAUUAUAAGUUUAGAAAUUAUAGCGUGUUUAUUGACACUGUUAACCAAUGACUUUUAUGACUUAAUUAUUGAUACUAUCUACUAAUAACAAUUAUUAUUUUAACAUUUAUGACAUGAUAACAGUAUUUACCCAUAACAGUUAUAACUAUAAAAAUGAUUUUAAAACAUAAUUUUAACGAUUAAAGCUUGAUUAUACAUAUAAAAUACUAAUUGGAAGGGUCUUGUUUUUGAGAAAUAGAGAAAAUAUUCCUGUGUUAUGUAAUAUUGCUGACUAGUAAUACUAGUGACUAUGUACAGUCGGGGUCAAAAGUUUACAUACACUUGUAAAGAACAUAAUGUCAUGGCUGUG